AUGAGUGCGGGAAAUGUUUUUCACAGAAGUCCCAUCUUUACAUACAUCAGAGAUCUCACACGGGGGAGAAGCCGUAUUCCUGUACUGAGUGUGGGAAAUGUUUUUCACAGAAGUCUCAUCUUUACACACAUCAGAUAUCUCACACAGGAGAAAAGCCGUAUUCCUGUCCGAUGUGUGGGAAAUGUUUUUCACAGAAGACCAGAUUUUACUCACAUCAGAGAUCUCACACAGGGGAGAAGCCGUAUUUCUGUCCUGAGUGUGGAAAAUGUUUUUCAUGGAAGUCCAGUCUUUCCAAACAUCAGAGAUGUCACACAGGAGAGAAGCCGUAUUCUUGUCCUGUGUGUGGGAAAUGUUUUUUUUUCAGACAAGUUCAGUCUUCACACACAUCAGAGAUCUCACACAGGGGAGAAGGCGUAUUCCUGUCCUGAGUGCGGGAAAUGUUUUUUAGAUAAGUCUGGUCUUUACAAACAUCAGAGAUCUCACACAGGAGAGAAGCCAUAUUUUUGUUCAGAGUGUGGGAAAAUGUUUUUCAGACAAGUUCAGUCUUCAGAAACAUCAGAGAUCUCACACAGGGAGUGCGGGAAAUGUUUUUCACAGAAUUCCAGUCUUUGCAAACAUCAGAGAUCUCACACAGGAGAGAAGCCAUAUUCCUGUCUAGAGUGUGGGAAAUGUUUUUCAGACAAGUCCAGUCUUCACACGCAUCAGAGAUCUCACACAGGGGAGAAGCCAUAUUUCUGUCUUGAGUGUGGGAAAUGUUUUUCAUGGAAGUCCACUCUUUCCAAACAUCAGAGAUGUCACACAGGGGAGAAGCCGUAUUCCUGUCCUGAGUGCGGGAAAUGUUUUUUAGAUAAGUCCAGUCUUCACAAACAUCAGAUAUCACAUACAGGGGAGAAGCCGUAUUCCUGUCCAGAGUGCGGUAAAUGUUUUUUACAGAAUUCCAGUCUUUGCAAACAUCAGAGAUCUCACACAGGAGAGAAGCUGUAUUCCUGUCCAGAGUGUGGGAAAUGUUUUUCAGACAAGUCCAAUCUUCACACACAUCAGAGAUCUCACACAGGGGAGAAGCCGUAUUCCUGUCCUGAGUGCGGGAAAUCUUUUUCACAGAAUUCCAGUCUUUGCAGACAUCAGAGAUCUCACACAGGAGAGAAACCGUAUUCCUGUCCAGAGUGUGGGAAAUGUUUUUCAGACAAGUCCAGUCUUCACACACAUCAGAGAUCUCACACAGGGGAAAAACCGUAUUCCUGUCCUGAGUGCGGGAAAUGUUUUUCACUGAAGGAGAGGCUUGACAGACAUCAGAGAACUCACACGGGGGAGAAGCUGUAUUCCUGUCCUGAGUGUGGGAAAUGUUUUUCACAGAAGUCGCAUCUGUACACACAUCACAGAUCUCACACUGGGGAGCAGCCAUAUUCUUGUCUUGAGUGCGGGAAGUGUUUUUCAAUGGAGUCCCAUCUUUCCAUACAUCAGAGAUUGCACACAAUGGUGCAGCCGUAUCACUGUUCCGAGUGUGGGAAAUGUUUUUCAGACAAGUCUAACCUUUACACACAUCAGAGAUCUCACACAGGGGAGAAACCGUAUUCCUGUCCUGAGUGUGGGAAAUGUUUUUCACAGAAGUCCAGUCUUUACACACAUCAAAGAUCUCACACGGGGGAGAAGCCGUAUUCCUGUCCUGAGUGUGGGAAAUGUUUUUCACAGAAGUCCAGUCUUUACACACAUCAAAGAUCUCACACAGGGGAGAAGCCGUAUUCCUGUCCUGAGUGCGGGAAAUGUUUUUCAAAGAAGUCCAAUCUUUACUCACAUCAGAGAUCUCACACAGGGGAGAAGCCGUAUUCCUGUCCUGAGUGCGGGAAAUGUUUUUCAGACAAGUCUAGUCUUCACACACAUCAGAGAUCUCACACAGGGGAGAAGCCGUAUUCCUGUCCUGAGUGCGGGAAAUGUUUUUCAGUGACAUCCAAUCUUUACUCACAUCAGAGAUCUCACACAGGGGAGAAGCCGUAUCCCUGUUCUGAGUGCGGGAAAUGUUUUUCAGACAAGUCUAGUCUUCACACACAUCAAAGAUCUCACACAGGGGAGAAGCCGUAUUCCUGUCCUGAGUGCGGGAAAUGUUUUUCACAGAAGUCCAAUCUUUACACACAUCAGAGAUCUCACACAGGGGAAAAGCCGUAUUCCUGUCCUGAGUGCGGGAAAUGUUUUUCACAGAAGUCCAAUCUUCACAGACAUCAGAGAUCUCACACGGGGGAGAAGCCACUUUCCUGUCCUGAGUGA